AUGGAACGGUUACAUGUGGACCAACCACCCGUUCCUCGUGUACAACAUGGCCUUGAUCGUGUCCUCUUCACUCAAGGCGUUUACCCGUUGCAAGACUCACGUUCAAAGGUUUUUAACUUUGACCCCUACCUCCAAAAGAUCAUGCCCGUCACAGAGUUUGAUUACGAUGCACUCAGUGCUUACAAGACUUCCUCUCAAGACUCUUUCCUCUCCGAUUUUGCGAAAAAGCACGGCAAGAAAUAUGUCGGUUCUACCUCGAGUAUGACGAGCACCUUGUCACACUUCCACUAUCUGCUAUCUUCCUGGCGCAAGAUCAACAUUAGCAUGUUCUCGAAAGACUUCCCUGACACCCUACAAAGCUUUACCGCACUCAACCGCGCGCCUACCUCCAUCUUCUUGAGGCGAAAAGGCGAUACCUGGGCUGUUGAUGCUGACAAGGAAUUCGAUGGCGCCAACGUUCUCAUGUUGCUCGGAAGAUCCAUGGAAAAACUUAUGACCAUGCCUACCUCCGAGUUUGAGAAGUAUAGAAAGGGCAAGUCUGACGGCAUUUCCGAGGCCGAGCGUAACAGGCCCGAGUCUUUCCAUUACUCUAGCCUGGGAGACUUCUUGCUACGAUCCCAACUAGACGCUCAAGAUGACCGUCUGCCCGGAACCGGCAUGUUUGAUUUGAAAACGCGAGCCGUUCUUCCUAUCCGCAUGCAGUCUCAGGACCACGAGCCCAUGACUGGAUAUGAGAUCGUACAGGCUCAAGGCCAGUAUGAAAGCUUCGAGAGAGAAUACUACGACAUGAUGCGCAGCACUGCGCUCAAGUAUUCUUUGCAGGCUCGUAUGGGACAUAUGGAUGGUAUCUUUGUUGCAUACCACAACGUCAAGCGCAUCUUUGGCUUCCAAUACAUCAGUCUUAACGAGCUUGACCGGGCUCUUCACGGACAAGCUGACCGCACUUUGGGAAAUCAAGAGUUUGGCCUUAGUAUCAGUCUGCUAAACGAAAUCUUCAACAAGGCUACUGAGAAGUUCCCUGAUCAGUCCAUCCGAUUUCAUUUCGAGACCAAAGCCGCCGAAACGCUACCGAUCAUGCAAAUCUUUGCAGAGCCCAUGAGUGAAGAGGAUAUCGAAACAAUUCAAAACUCACAAAAAGCCAAGAUUGCUGAAUGGGAGCGCGCGCUGCGUGAUCCAACUUCGAAGUCAAACAACGAAGAGUCUCACGAUACUGUCGAAGAAACCAACGAGGAGAAAUUCAAUGAUUUUGGAGACUCAAGCAGUGAUUUGAUCAAGUCAUCGGAAGUGCCCGAAUCACCAUCAGAGACGACCGCCACAGAAGGCACGAGAAAGGAUGGCUUCGUCGAAGAGAUUGAGGCCAUCUCAGAGAAAUCCGAGCCUGAUGCCGAGCCAGAGGCAAAAGAGACGAGAGGGCCUUUACUAGGAAUGACGCUUACAGUCCGUUCAAAAGUCAAUGGUGUAUACGUCGAGCGACCAGAAUUCCUCAGGAAGAACCACGACUGGACCAUUGAUUACUCUUUGACCGAGAUGACGUCAGAGGAUCAAGCGUGGCACAGUUACAAGGCGACUAAAGCGCGGCGCAAGAGAGUAUACAACAAGAUCAACAAGGUGGACAAGAGUGAUCCGGACAGCUCUGCAGCCACUUACAACGAAGCGUAUAUCGGCAUGCUGAAGGAGCUCAGCGAGAAGGGCAGUAAAAUGAGGGCCAGACUUGACAAGGCUGCGGCAGACAAGCCAAAGAUUGUGGUCGGCAUGCCGUACGUCAAGGCUUCGGAGAGUCAUGGUGUGAGGACGGACGAUGUGAGGAUUGAGAGCGUUGAUGACUACUUGACGUGGCUGUAUGCAGAGAAGGCAGCACCUGUCGAGAAGGAAAGUCCUGUCGAGCAGGCAUGA